GCUGCUGCCAUGGCAACGUUUCUGCGAGCUUUCGGUCGCUUUUUCACAAAGCACCCGUUGGCGGGAAAUGGACUCGUGUACGGCACGCUGUACGUUGGUGCUGAAUUUUCGCAACAAACCAUUACGCGAAAAUUGUUGACUGACCCUCCGCAAGAUAUCGACCGCCCCACACUGGCGCGGUACGCCGUUAUGGGAACGUUUAUCUACUCUCCCAUACUAUACAAUUGGUACAAGUGGCUGGAUAAAACAUUUCCCGGCACUGCCAAGCGCAUUAUUGUGAAGAAGUUGCUGUUGGAUCAGUUCAUUCUUACGCCACCAUUGUUGGUAAUAUUUUUCACCGGAAUGUCUCUUAUGGAGCGACAAUCAUCAAUCACCGAAGAGUGCCGGCAAAAGUUUUUGCCCACGUUCGCACGAUCCUGCCUGUUCUGGAUGCCAGCCCAAACGCUCAACUUUGUUCUAGUGCCACCGAAAUUCCGCGUCGUUUACGUGGGCUCCUGUGCCUUCGCCUGGGUCAACAUCCUGUGCUGGGUAAAGCGCCAGAAGAUGUUAAGCUCCAACUAAGCAUAAGGAAACGCACAACAGCAACUCAUAGAAUGUCGCCAGUAAGCUUUUAGAUAGGAAUAUCCAAAGGCCAUAUAUGUUUUACCAAAUGAAAUAGGUCGCUAGCUAGGUGAAGCGCUUGCACAGCAUAGCGUUUUAUACGUCUCUUACCAGUAGCAUAAGCUGUUGCGAAUGUACGAUGUAAACAUAUUUAUUAUUGCUAUCUGAAUGCAAUAAAUGUCUCUAAACCGAAA